CAUGAGCGGAUGCUCUCGUGCUCAGUACACGCUCGCCUCGGGACUCGGAGCCCUCGCUCAUGCAGGAGAUCACUGCGGCCUUCUCUCCCUCUUCUUUCACUCCUCCAGAGCGCAGCCCGUGAGGCCGGACCGGCCAAUCUACCUCGCCCUCCUCAAGGCUGCCGCCGCUGUCUCCUCCCGUUCCACGGCCCUUUCCCUCCACGCCCACAUCGCCAAGUCGGGCUUCCAACGCGAUGUCGUCGUCGCCACCGCAUUGGUCCAUGCGUUCUCCAGGUGCUCCGAUUCCGCAACUGCUCGUAGGUUGUUCGACGAAAUGCUGGAGAGAGACGCAGCGGCAUGGAACGCGAUGCUCUCUGGCUGCGCUCGUAACGGGGAUGCACAGCAAGCGCUGUCUAUGGCCUGUGAAAUGGCGUCCUGCGGUGUGAGGCCCAAUACGGUCACGCUCUCUGUUUUGCUUCAGGUUUGUGGUGGUGUUGAAGACAAGAGGCUCGGGCAAUCUGUACAUGCUUAUGCUGUUCGGCAUCUUCAACUUGUGGACACCUUCUUGGGUAAUUCCCUUGUUGUAUACUAUAACAGGGCUGGCGAUUCUCAUAUCUCGGAGAGAAUAUUUGAGAGGAUGUUGCGAAGAGAUAUCGUGUCAUGGAAUGCCAUGAUAACAGGACGAGCUCAAUGUGGUUUUCGUUGGAGAGCUUUGGAAUUGUUUAAUUUGAUGAGGGAGGAGCACCAUCCGGAUCUUUUCAGCUUAGAGACAGUCCUACAAGUAUGUGCACAAAUUGGGGAAGACGCCAUUGAUGAUGGGCAGGCUACCCAUGGGCUUUUGGUUAAGUUGGGAUUUCAAAUGGAGGUUUACGAGCAAAAUUCUCUGCUUCUAUUUUAUUGCAAAUGUGGAAUGAUGGAAUCUGCCCAAUCCAUUUUUGAUAAGAUGGCAGCAAGAAAUAUUGUCUCUUGGAAUAUUCUAAUUAAUGGUUAUGUUCAGAUGAGGUACCUUGAUAAAGUUCUUAAUUUGGUUAGGUGCAUGAGCUUUAGUGAGCUAGGAGUUAGUUCUGAUCUCUUGGUGAGCAGUCUGCAAGCUGUUAGUCUAUUAGGAGGAGGCAGAAAGCAUAUCAUGUGCAUACAUUGCAUUGUUAUGGUGAUGGGAUUUCAUUCUGAUACUUACGUCAGUAGUUCGCUUAUUUCUGCAUAUGGUGACAAUGGAGAAAUUGAUUUAGCUCACAAAAGCUUCGAGCAUCUAGUAUCUAAAACAAGAAAUGACACUGUCUGUUGGAAUGCAUUGCUUUCUGUAUACGUUCGUAAUAUGUGUUUCUUAGAAGCACUUGAACAUCUCAGAAGCAUGCAUGUCAACGCAUGUAGUUUAGAUGCUGUCACUAUCGUAAACAUGCUUUCUCUUUGUACUGGGACACUAAAUUUGAGAUCAGGCAAGGUUAUUCAUGGAUUUAUGCUCAGAAAUAAACAUGAUCACAAUGUUUUUGCUAUCACAGCAUUGCUAGAACACUAUGCUAAAUGUGGUGCUGUAACUGAAGCUUGUUACUUGUUCCUGGAGAUUCCAGUUCGGAAUAGAGUAACAUGGAACACGAUGGUUCACUGCUGUGUCCAUAAUGGCUUUCCUAGGACAUCAGUGAAGCUUUUCUAUCUUAUGCAAGAGCAGGAUGGUUUUAUGCCCGAUGCAACAUCCGUUGUGGGAGUUAUAAAGGCAAUUGCUCAGAGAGGAUAUGAAGAAGAAAAAAACUACAUUCACAAAUAUGUAACUGAAAGAGGUUUUACUGAUGAUGAGUUUGUUGCUAAUUCACUUAUUUCAAUGCAUGCAAGAUUCCAUGAUUUUGACAAGGCAAUCAGUGUCUUUGAAAGAACUAGCAAACUCAGCACAGUUACAUGGAAUACUAUGAUAUCAGGGUAUUCCAACUAUGGUCUAGCAAACAAGGCUAUGCCAGUUUACCAUCUCAUGAAGUUACAGAAUGUUGCACCAGACUUGGUUACAUUUUUAUGUCUUCUUCGUGCCUGUACAACUUUAUGUUCUUUGAAUUGCUUAAUGCAGAUCCACACAGUUAUAUGCAAAGCUGGUUAUGAAUCUGACAUGUUCGUUGGGACUUCCCUAGUAUAUGGAUAUGCAAAAUGUGGUGAUUUAAGCAUGGCCCGGUUGAUCUUUGAUGGAUUGGAAUGUAAAUCAACAGUAUCAUGGAAUUCUAUGAUUCAGGGUUAUGGUGUGCAUGGAAAUGCAGAGGCAGUUCAUGAACUCUUCUCUGAGAUGCAGCAAUCUGGUAAAGUUCCUACUGUAGUUACUUUUCUCAAUAUUAUAUCAGCUUGUAGCCAUGUGGGAGAUGUAGAGAAGGGGAAGCACUAUUACGAUCUUAUGACACGUGUCCACUCAGUCAUACCAAACAGGGAGCUCCUUUCCUCCCUUGCUGACCUCCUUGGCCGUAGUGGAAGGCUUAAGGACGCACAUGAAGUGUUGGAGAAAGGCCCCUUGGAUCCAGGAUUGGAUGCUUGGGGUGCACUAUUAGGAGCUUGUCGGAUUCAAGGUAACUUAGAAAUAGGAAUGAUAGCAGCUAACAAUGUACUUGAAUUGGAUCCCAUCCACCAUGGAUACAAUUUGCUUUUGUCAAACAUGCAUGCGGAGGCUGGAAGAUGGAUUGUUGCAUCUAAGAUCAGAAAAAGAGUUGACAAAAUGGGGCUCAACAAAGCUUCUGGCUGGAGCAUGGUUGAGGGUUUUUUGUGAUUAUGGAUACCAGCCUUGUGAGAUUGCAUUUUAAACUGGAUAGAGAUUCUCUAUUCUAGAAGCAACAAGUUGCAUUUCAGAGUGAAUGAUUCUAUAUUAAAAUUAAAAGGAAAUGGAAUGAAAUAUAUGUGAUGUUCAUGUGGCAUCGUGGCUUAUGAAAAUUGAAGAAUUUCCUACUGCAUACAGCAAGCAUUUCCUCAAAUUGAAGAGUGAUGAUCAAUGUGGAUCAAGAAUGCAAGAAGUACAGGUAUCAAAACCUUUUCCAUUCGAUGAAAAGAUACAGCCGAUAUUAAUGUUUAAAAAGUUUACACUUAUAUUGAUAAUUGUUUUGCAACUGCAAUUAAGGUGUAUUUAUUUUUAUCAUAGGGGCUAUCACAUUUGUGACCUAUUAUUAAUAUGUUUCCACCUAAGGGUUAUAGUGUCAUGGAAUGCUAUGAUUCUGGGUCUGUUCAAUGCAGUUUUGGUUGGAGAGAUUUGUAAUCGAUGUAAUUUGUUGACGGAGGACCACCUUCUGGGCCUUGUCACCCUCAAGGAAACACCAUCAACAUAUAUGAAAUCUGGGGAAGAGUCGUUGAUGAUGGACAGGCUAUCCAUGUGCAUUCGGUUAAUUUGGGAUUUCAAAUGCAUUUUUAUGUUGGAAAUUUCUCUGCUUCGCUUGUAUUGCAAAUGUUUUAUGAUGAAGUAUGGUGAAUCCAUUUGAAAGUUAUUUAUGCAAGAGCAGAAGAUGCCACAUCCACUGGGAUUGCUUAGUGAGGCUAUGAGGGUGAAAGAAACUACAUUCACAAAAUUGUAAUCGAAAGAGAUUUCACUUACGAUGAGUUUGCUGCUAACUUUCUGAUAGCAGUGUAAUCAAGAUUCCGAUUUUGUUGAGGCAAUUGAUCUAUAUGAAAGAACUGGCAAACUCGGGAUGGCUGCAUAGUAUAUAUACUAUGAUAUCAGAGUAUUCCAAUUAUGGCCCAGUAAACAAGGCUACCUCAGUUUGCCAUCUCAUAAUGUUUGGCACCUGUCUUGGUUACACUAUUGUCUUUGUGACUCUAUACAGCUUUAGGUUCAUCGAGUGCUUAAUGCAUACUCACAUGAUUAUGUGCAGAUCUGAUAUGAAGCUGACAUGUUCUUGUGACUUCCAUGAUACAUGGGUUGCAAUAUAUGAUUUGUUUUAAGCUGACAUGUCUUUGUGGAUCCUUGUCUCUGGCAUAUUGCUAUUCAGACAUCUUCAUCAACUAAAGUUCAGAUCUGCAAGGAUGCGUCAAAGUGGAACCUCAUCAGGACUUUGAGCUUAACUUAUAUUACUAACACCGAUUCUUUUAUGGACAUACUGAUAUUGAAAUAACUAGAAUCUCUUGGGACUCCAAAUUCUUCUCUUGCUAGUGAUCGACAGGAGCUGGUGAGCUAUCCAAAUAAGUAUAGUUGAUGACUCAAUGCUAUGGUUCUGCUUCUCCUCCAUCUUGUGUGGCUUUCAGGCUUUGGCCUACUGUCCGAAAAUGCAAGAGAAAGACAUUUGGCAUUAGAUUUUUCCUUUGUCUCAUGAUGUGCAAUAUUUUCCAGGCUAGUGUUCCAUUUCUGGAGGAUGUAUAUUACAACACUUCAAUGACAUGGCUGUCCCAAUAAACUCCAAAGAAUCCAGAGUCAACAGAAAGGUUGCAUCAUAAGGCUUUUACCAUACUCCCUUGUCAUACUGAUUUAAGUCGGAAGGCUUUUAAAAUUGUCCCAUAAAAGAAUGUUUUGCUUGUUGAUCUGGAAAUGCUUACCCUUUAAGCAUAUUACUAUUUUCCAACGAUAUGUUAUCCGACUCUUGAUGAAGUGCACCUUCUUGCGUUGA